AUGGCGUUGGGCGGUGGAGGCAACAUCAAGGUCGUUGUGAGAGUGCGGCCUUUCAACAGCAGAGGCGAGCAAACCGUGCUCUCUCCGCCAACAAACAUCGACCCCCGUAACAAGAAUGCAAAGGCCGCCAUCGAGGGUUCCAAGACGUUCGCUUUCGACAAGAGUUACUGGUCCUUCAACAAGAAAGAUGCCAGCUAUGCCGGUCAGGAUAACCUCUUUGACGACCUCGGAAAGCCCUUGCUGGACAAUGCCUUCGGAGGCUACAACAACUGUAUCUUCGCAUAUGGUCAAACUGGUUCCGGAAAGUCCUACUCCAUGAUGGGUUAUGGUCCAGAAGAAGGCGUUAUUCCCAAGAUUUGCAGAGCCAUGUUCGAGCGCAUUGAGGAGGCUCAGAAAGACAACAACCUCAACUGCACCGUCGAGGUUUCGUACCUCGAAAUCUACAAUGAGCGAGUCAGAGACUUGUUGAAUCCCUCGACCAAAGGCAAUCUUAAAGUCCGCGAACAUCCCUCGACCGGUCCCUAUGUCGAAGACCUCGCCAAACUUGUCGUUCGCUCCUUCGCCGAGAUCGAGCAUCUCAUGGACGAGGGUAACAAGGCCCGUACCGUCGCAGCCACCAACAUGAACGAAACCAGUAGUAGAUCCCAUGCUGUCUUCACCCUGACUUUGAGUCAGAAACGUCAUGAUGCAGACACUGGAAUGGACACAGAAAAGGCCGCCAAAAUCUCGCUGGUCGAUUUGGCUGGUUCUGAAAGAGCUCAGUCUACAGGUGCAACUGGUGCACGUCUCAAGGAGGGCGCCGAGAUUAACCGAUCUCUUUCCACCCUUGGUCGUGUCAUCGCUGCUUUGGCCGACCUCUCAAGCGCGAAACCUGGCGUAAAGAAGAAGAACGCUUCCAUGGUCCCUUAUCGUGACUCGGUCCUUACAUGGCUUCUCAAAGAUUCUCUCGGUGGUAACAGUAUGACGGCUAUGAUUGCUGCUAUAUCACCUGCCGACAUCAACUUCGAGGAAACCCUGUCAACUCUCCGUUAUGCAGACUCUGCCAAGCGCAUCAAGAACCACGCCGUCGUCAACGAAGACGCCAAUGCUCGUAUGAUCAGAGAAUUGAAGGAAGAACUUGCCCAGCUUCGCUCAAAACUUACAACGGGUGGAGGAGCCGGCGAGGCCGGCGCCAUCGCCAGUGAACAAUACCCGCCGGACACGCCUCUCGAAAAGCAAAUGGUUUCCAUCACACAAGCUGACGGCACUGUCAAACAAGUAUCGAAGGCUGAGAUUGUAGAGCAGUUGGAUCAGUCCGAGAAGCUAUACCAAGACCUGAAUCAGACAUGGGAGCAGAAGCUACAGAAGACGGAGCUUAUCCAUAAGGAGCGAGAAGCUGCCUUGGAAGAACUCGGCAUCAGCAUUGAGAAAGGUUUCGUUGGCUUGUCAACACCAAAGAAAAUGCCUCAUCUUGUCAACUUGAGUGAUGAUCCACUGCUCGCAGAGUGCCUGGUCUAUAAUAUCAAACCUGGCACAACUACGGUCGGCAAUGUCGAGACAGCCAAGACAGCAGAGAUAAGACUGAAUGGGUCCAAGAUCUUGCACGAGCACUGCACAUUCGAGAACGAAGACGAUGUUGUUACCGUAGUUCCUAGGGAUAAUGCAGCUGUCAUGGUCAACGGUCAGCGCGUCGAUCAGCCUAAGAGACUGCGCAGUGGUUACCGUAUCAUACUGGGCGACUUCCAUAUCUUCCGUUUCAACCAUCCACAGGAAGCAAGAGCAGAACGAGCCGAAGAAGGAAGUCGACUAAAGCACUCGAUCACAGCAGACGAGAUUGGCGAUCCCUCAUCACCAUCACCAUCUGUCAACCAUGGCCACGAUCGCUCGUGGAGUAAUGUUAGCAGAUUGAAUCCGGACUAUGACACGGACUCCAAGGCCAACUCACCAAUGCCUAUGCGUAGUCUGAGUGGGCGUGAGAACGACUAUGACCUCGCCCGAAGAGAAGCCGUAUCUUCAAUGCUCGGGUCAGAUCAGAAGAUCUCCGCCCUCACAGACGACGAGUUGGACAAUCUCUUUGACGAUCUACAGAAAGUAAGGGCUGUCAGAAGGGGCAGACCGGAAAGCCGGCUAUUCGACUUGAAUGAGGACGACUCUGACUCGGUCAGCUCGUUCCCCGUCCGAGAAAAGUAUUUGUCGAACGGGACGCUCGAGAACUUCUCUUUGGACACUGCUCUCACAAUGCCAUCAACUCCGCAGGACGAUGACGAGGAUGAAACAUUGCGUGCAGCCAAAGAAGAAUAUCGAGCUCAAAUACAGUCCGCUCAGGAGAUGAAUGUCGAGGUUGAGACGAUACGUGCCGAAAAGGUUAAAAUGGAAGAGAAUCUCAAGGCCGUGAAAGAGGACAUGGAGAAGCGACUUCAAGCACAGAAGGACGAAUACGAUCGUCAAUUGAAGGAGCUUCGAGAUACUACUGCGCAGCCUGUAGAUCGUAAGACUGGUCUCACAGAGAAGCAGCUUCAGCUUGUCAAGUCGUGUACACAGCACUGGCGUCAGCAAAGAUACGUCGCUAUGGCUGCUGCUCUCCUUCAGAAUGCAGCAAUUCUGAAAGAAGCACAAGUGAUGAGCCAGCAGAUGGACAAGAAUGUUGUCUUUCAAUUCACCGUUGCUGACGCAGGACAUACGUAUGGAUCGUCAUACGACCUUGUCUUGAGCGACAUAAGCGCAGAUGAUGAUAUGGUCUUGCACACAUCACGCAAGCCCUGCACGGCCGUCAGAGUGAUCGACUUCAAGCAUAAUGUCGUUCAUCUAUGGUCCUUACAGAAGCUGCGUGCUCGUGUGCGCCUGAUGCGCCAGGUGUUCCAAUACAUGGAUAGGCCGGAGUACAUCAAGCAUUUCCGUCUAGACAAUCCAUUCUCCGAGUCAUGCCUACCGCAAUAUACUCGAAUCGGAGACGCCGACAUCUCUUUGGCUGCUGUGUUCGAGUGCAUUUCUGAGGAAGAUGGCGCAUCCACCACGCAGAUGGUGUCAGAUUUUGACGAAGGACCAAUUCGGUUCGAUAGUGUGCACAGCAUGAGCUUGCCGCUUGCCAGUCCGCGUGACUCGUGUUUACGAGUAUCUGUAUUCGCCAGAGUUUCAGGUACGCACCUGGACAAGCUACUCAGUUGGGACGAUAUGCGUGAUUCGGCAGCCAGGCCCCAACUGAAGCGCAACAAUUCUCGGAUAGCGGAGCACGAAUACUACAAUGAAGAAGGACAUGACGUAUUCGCCCGAAUUCAAGUUCUCGAAAUUGGAGAAGAUGGAUCUUAUAAGCCUGUCGAGGUUGUGCAGAAGAACAUCAUGGAUCCGGGCACUUACCAGCUUCAUCAAGGUCUUCAACGUCGCAUCACACUCGAUCUGACGCACACUUCAGGCAACAUUCUGCCACUCCAGGACGUCACAUCGCUACGAGUUGGCAAUGUUCAUCUGGUAGAUCCGUCUGGCAAGGUGCCCGAUCUGAGCGCUCAACAGAACGAUGUGAUCUUAACGCCUGUAUCACCUCCGAUCGUCCGCACUAACCCCGAUGGCACAACCAGCAUCCACAUCACUACACACUGGGACUCUAGUUCACACGAAUCCCUGCUGCUAGAUAGACCCACGGCAGAAGGAUACUGCGUGAAGCUGUCAUUUGCAUGGGUCAUGGCCUCACCCAAGUUGGCCGAGCCGAUAGAGUUCGUAACAGACCUCGCGGUACAAAUGAGAGGGCGAUCUUUCAUGCGUCAGACUUCGCUGUUCUCGUCGCUCUUCAGUUCUUCACGUAUUGUCCGCUCAACGAGUGGGACCUUCUCUGUUACCGUCAAACCAAUACCCUCCAAAAGGGCUGGUGACCUAUGGCGACUUAGCACCUCGAACACAUACGUCAAAGGUGAAGAGAUGCUCCAAGGCUGGUCACCUCGCGGUGUCUCGUUAGUUCACGACUUCAUUGACAGUCGAUCGAGCAAGCGCAAAAUGGCCGAGAUCGAUGCUGCUAGAAGUAUACUUAGCUCACACAGCUUGUCGUUAGAUACGUUGCCGUCAUCGACGACCGAUGAAGUACCAGGCGAUCGACAGAAUGAGCUAUUGCGAAAGAUACUCACACUCUGGAAAGCCGAUCCGGCUAUUGGGAAACGAAUCCUCACAGAGAAAAACACAGACUCGCCUCGCAAAGGCGCGGCUUUUGCGUCUUCUACCAACGGAACAGGCAUACCUCUGUCACUAGCGACUGUCCACUUCAUACCUAAGAACCCAUCUCUGCUCAAGGCUGGAUAUCUCCUCACACCUGACCCAGCAGCUCGUGAACCCUCACGCUGGGUCCGACGCUACGUCGAGCUCCGUCAACCAUACAUGCACAUUCACUCAGCGACCGCAACUGAACACGAAGAGAUCGGUGCUAUUAAUCUCAAUUCUUCACGCGUCGAUGCGGCGCCACAAAUUGCAAAAUUGCUUCGACGUGAAGGCGGCACCCCGACGGCAGUGGGCAGACAUGGCGUUCCUGCUGUCGCAGCACCUGAAAAUGUUUUUGCGGUAUACGGCAGUACUAAGGCUUGGGUAUUUGCGGCGAGGACGGAAAGGGAUAAAGGCGAAUGGAUUUUCGCGAUUGACAGAAGCUAUAUUGGGACGGAAGAGUUCGAGGACGAGGAUGAAGAUGACGGAUAUUAA